AACGGACGAACCCAAGACAGGACAGGUGGAGAAAGCGGUGAGGUAGCUUUGGCCCCUUCACCCGCCUGGACCCGGACAACUGGGUGUUUACUGAAUUAUGGCAAUUUUAUGUAUGUGGAUACAAUUAAAAUGUGUGACUAUAUCCUAUCACAUACUUAAUCUCGGGAAGUAUGGUAGAUAUGUAUAUUAGUUAUUUGAGUAUUUAUUUAUGCGCACGUUCUACUUCAUUACUGAGCUAAUCUUAAAUAUUGUUGGUGAAAAGAAUUAAGUAGGUACCUUCCUAAAACUAACCUAACCUAACCUUAUCUUUCGAACGUGUUAUGUUGUAUGAAUUCACUACAACCAAUACACUAUAACCAUAUUUUCUAUCGUCCCAAGUUUCUUAAAAUAUACAUCGAAACAUAAAUAUAAAUUAGCUCAUUUCGAUGCAGGUAAACUCGUAAUACUUUCACCUUCGUACUACGCACGUAAAAGCCGCCUUAAAUUCGACUGAGCUUGAUUUCCUUUUUUAACCCAUAUUUUUAUGGAACAUUAACAAAAGCUGGGGGUUCCAGUUCAUAUAUUACGUAUACGCCGCUACCUAGACAGCGCCACUGUGCUAACCUAUCCUAUGAAUCCGAUAAUCCGAUCCCACCUAAUACAUUAAUACAUAGUAAGAUUUUUGCUUUGUCUCUUUUUGAUUUGUUAGGAAAGGUCACUUACUAUUCAGUAGCAAAUAAAAUCAUCAUCAUCAUCAUGUCAGCCUUUUAUCGCCCACUGUUGAGCAUAGGCCUCUCUUCUAGUACGCCAUGUAUCCCGGUCCUGAGCUAGUCUCAUCCAGCAAAUAAAAUAUCAGUCAUCAAGUCAUAGAUUCACGAAGUCGUGUUAAUUUGACAAAACGCGUCAUCAUAAAUUACAUGAUCGAACGCAGUAUGAUUUGAUCAUCAAGAUUUAAUCUGCUAGUUAUUUUGACGUCAACGAACCCAAAAAUGUCAGGAUUUGUUUGAGUGAAUCAGUUCUUCGGCCUCUAAAAUGUACCGUGUUUAUUGCUGGUUUAAUCAUACUAGUUCAUUGACGAUGCGCAAAAAUAGGAAAACAUCAUCAAUCGCACAAACUAGCUGCAAAAAUAGUAGACUUUAGGUAAUGGUCUCAACUCAAUACUCGACAUUUACUUUGAUUUACCGAUGCAUACUGAAAGAAUGAAAUUCACUUUCGUUUCGCAUUGGUUAUCGUUACCGAGUGCCACACGCUGAAGGAGACCUCAUGUCGAUGAUCGACUUUCGCUACUGGCGUUGUGUGAUGAAACGAGAGUGGAAAUGUCCGGAUUCAGAAAUUAAUUUCUUCUUGUAUACGCCGGAACGGCCGUGGAAGCAAUGGAUCGACGUGCGCCACAAGGAUCUUCUAGACGUGUACGGUUGGAAGAGGAGCAGAAAGAACGUGCUCAUCAUACACGGGUUCAAUGGAACACAUUCCAAGAAUCCUAUGUCGUUUUUACGUGACGCAUACCUGUCCCGCAAAGACUACAACGUGUUUAUGGUGGACUGGUCCCCUCUAAGCAGAUUUCCAUGCUACCUUUCCGCGCUGUCUAAUCUAAGGUUAACAGCCCAGUGCACAGCACAACUGUAUUCAUACAUAACGCAAGCCGGCGCCAUGGCUAAGAUGAUCACCUGUGUCGGCCACUCGUUGGGCGCCCAUGUGUGCGGCAUGACGUCCGAACAUCUCUCCAAGAAACAGUACAAGAUUAUUGGCCUAGAUCCAGCUCGUCCGCUAGCUUCCGCCUACGGCUCCAGUCAGUACCGCCUGACAAGGCACGAUGCGCAUGUGGUGCAGGUGAUACAUACGAACGCUGGCUUCCUGGGCGAGUCCGGCUUGAUCGGCCACGCUGACUUCUGCAUCAACGGCGGCAGGACUCAGCCCGGCUGUCAAGGGCACUUUAUGCGAAUAGCCCGCUGCAGUCACUUCAUGAGUUCCUGCUAUUUCGCGGCGAGCGUGCGACAAAACAGGAGUAUCCGAAUGGUGGGUGUGCCGUGCGACUCCAACUGCCCGAAGGACCGCGGCCGCUGGGGCAUCCGUUUCGAUAGACGAGCUGUGCGGAUCGGUGAAGCUACUCCGGACACGUGCCGAGGCAUGUACUGCGUCAGUCUAGAUCACGAAGAAGCAUGCCCAUUCGAUUAGUAUGUACAUACGUUAUUAUUUAAUUUCAUAUUUUUAAUUGUACAUAAGAUGUAUUUAAUACUUUGUGGCAGAAAUAAACGUAAGU